CUCAGUAUAGUACAAAUAGAGCGAAGUGAUGAGGAAAUGCCACAGUGUGUCUGUUAGCAAGUGAGAAAGAUGGAACUGAAGCUGCAGCUCGGCGUCGUCAUGCUUCUCAUACAGGUUUCGCAUGCAUUGUGGCAGCGUGUGACUGUGAGGAAAGGUCAGACUCUCAUCUUAAGUUGCCCCAUCACUAAUGCUCACAAGACCAAUGUGGACUGGAAGACUCCAGAAGGAUAUGUUAUGUUCUUCAAUCACAAUAGAGCUUUAAGGAACAAACGCUACAGUAUCAUCAAACUGUCUGAGUCAGAAUUCACCAUCAGUAUUUCCAAUGUCACCUUCAAAGAUGGAGGCAACUACACAUGCUCUCAGUAUGAUCACCACACGACAGAGAGGAAAGUGGAAGUGACAGUGUUUGAUACCCCCAAGAUGACAGUAACGAAGCAUGAAGGAAAGUUUAUAAUAAAAUGCACUGCUGAGGGGAACCACCAUCCUCCCCAGAUCUCCUGGAAAUUGGACAGUGGGCCUGAAAUUCUCACUCAUGCCCAAGUCCAACACGAAGACAAAAAAUAUAUCUCUAUGGCGAUGUUAGAUGUUCAGUCAGUGGAGAACAGAGUCACUGUGAAAUGCCUUCUUCGCCACCCAGCACUGGUCUCACAACCUCUGAUGAACUUUGUCAAAAUUGGACGAGACUCAACAAAAUCCUACCGCACAACUACGACCAGUUCACCCACAGCUCAACCUGAAAGGUCAACAGGGGUACUAGGAACAUCAGCCAGUGGUUACACACAUGGGAGAACAACAGGGUACCUCGCAACCAGAGAUGUGACUGGUCCUUCACCAGAGAGUUCUACCACGUCACCAGUUGUUCCCUCCAAUCAACCACUUUCCUCCACUGAGCCAGAGACAGUAACAGCACCCACUAGGUCUCCUGUUACAUCUAGUGGCUGGACAUUUGUGUCUGAGACAACAGGGGAACUAUCCCAUAACACCACGGAGGGAAACAGAACAGGAAACGUUAAUGAUCCAAGGAUUCAAACAGGAAGUAGAGGAAGUUCAUCUUUACUGGUGUUCCUGGUGACAUUCCUGAUCUUCUGUCUUCUGGUGGUGGUAAUUUUUUUUGCCAUCAAGCUCAGGAGAGCACACAUGGCCUGGAAGAGAGUUUUUAUUGUUACAGAAAAUGAAGACUCUGAUCCAUCAGAGGAGAGCAGUAAAUCAAAAUCGAGCCAGGAGGAGAAGAACGUUCAAGGACAAAGGCGAAGAGGGCUUUUCAACACAGCAUUCACACAGUACAUUGUUGAAGAGCCAGCAGUGAUCACUUCAGUGAUAAACACGACAGCAGUAGAAGUUGAAAAUGAAAAGCAGAUUUCUCAACCUCAAGCCCUGGCACACACCUCAGCCAAAUGUGACAUAAAGGAGACAGAGCUGUAACAAUCUGUAAAAUAUGACAGUAUCAUAAGCUCCAUAUUAUGCUCACAGAUUAAGUUGAUCAUUUUUUUUCUGCACUUAUAACAAAGAGUCUAUGUUUACACAGAAAAGAAUGUAGUAACAUAUUUCUAACUGUAGUACUGUACUGUACCAUGUAAAUACAUUUUAUAUUUACCAAUAAACUAUAUUUUGCUAGAACAUA